GUCACUCGCGACAAGGACAUCCAGUCGCGCUACGGCUACUUCCGCCACAACGACUUUGUCGGCCAGCCCUGGGGCACAAAGCUCGCCUCGGGCAACGGCCGCGGCUUCGUCUACCUCCUCAAGCCCACCCCUGAACUCUGGCAAGCCCUCCCGCACCGCACCCAGAUCCUCUACCUCCCCGACAUUGCCUUCAUCACCUCGUACCUCGACAUCAAGCCGGGCAGCCGCCUCAUCGAAGCCGGCACCGGCUCGGGCUCGUUCUCGCACUCGCUCGCUCGCACGGUCGGCAACGAGGGCAAGGUCCACAGCUUCGAGUACCACGAGGAGCGCUUCGCAAAGGCGAGGGACGAGUUCGAGGAGCACAAGCUCGACGGCGUCAUCGAGAUCAAGCACCAGAACGUGUACAAGGACGGGUUCGAGCUCGAGGACGAGGUCGACUCGGUAGUGGCUGACCCCGCCGUCCUCGCAGUUUUCCUCGACCUGCCGGCACCGUGGGAGGCGCUCGAGCACGCCAAAAAGGCCAUGCGCAAGGACCGCCAGUCGCGCAUCUGCUGCUUCUCGCCCUGCAUCGAGCAGGUGAUCCGCACGUGCACGGCCCUGUCGGCGCUCGGGUUCUCGUCCAUCACCAUGUACGAGACCCUGACGCGCACGCACGACCCGGUGCCGCUCGCGGCGCCGACCGUCGACGACGCCGUCGAACGCAUCACGGCCGUCGAGCGCAAGAAGGAG